AUGAACCUCCAAGAAUGCCAUCCUGACACCAUCAGCUACAGGGAUGCUGCAGCGGAGGAGCGGUUUCAGAAGAUCAACCACGCGCACAACACUCUUCUGCAUGUUGGUCUCCGGCGGAUGUACGACCUGCAGCUGAGGCGAAAAGAAGCGUUCGAGCGCUGCGAGCGCAUGGAGCGCGCCGAGCCCUGGGUGACGAAGUUCCUCGCGGGACAGGGAGGCACGAUCCUCUGCGCCGCGGGCGUCGGCGUUCUGGCGGCCAGCGCGCUGAUGUUGGGCACAAUGGGUGGAGAGGCUUUCCUGAGAGCCUCGAACGGUCUCCUUUGGAGCAUGACCCGGUACCUUCCGGAUUGGCUGCCAGGCAAGUGGCACAUCAUUUCUGCCGUCCGCCGCCGGGGGGAGCCUGCGGGCGAAUGA